CCGAGCUUACGCAGGAUCUUGAAUCGAUCAUAGCAAGUGCUUCAAAUUGCUCGCAAAGUCCAUUUGAAGAUGAUUUCUGCAAGUCAAUUUAGCGGUCCGAAAGACGAUCCCCGCGAAGGUUUCGGACCGAGCCACCUCUCGGCACUAGCCCUCUUCAUCAACUAAAUCAGUGCCAUGUUAGCGAGAUGUACUCCCUAACACCUUGUAUGCCUCGCCGCGAGAAGCAUAGCGAAGACAGCGGAUCUACAGGUUUAGCAGGUACAUUGCAACGACUCACUUUGGAAGCUUGAAGCAACCAAGGGUUUGUUCAAUCUAAUAAUUAGUGAACGUAUCGAAUUUAAGGCAUUUCUUCAACUCGACUUCAAAGCCUGAGCCUUGAUUCGGGAACAAUCACCAGUACUAGGAAUAGCUUCCGACAAGCCACCCUCGAAACAUCAUCACUUUUACCCCCAAUGACCGCAUCAUGGAUAUGAAUGCCUCAACCACGUCGCCCAGCUGGGCCGAUUUUGCAACCCGGAAGCUGUCCUCAUCGUUCCCAGCGUCAAAUUCUGGCCUUUAUUGGCUAGCCUUGCUCGUGAUAGCUUCAGUUAUCGCGGCACCACUCCGGCACAAGUUCCAAGACGCCGAGAUCUAUCCAGUCAUCAACAAAACUAAAGAGGAAUACUUGACUGGCGGCAGGGCCCUCCUCGCCAAAGGAGCCAAGGUAUACGGGGGCAAGCCGUUCAGGGUUUUUACAGGGCAGGGCAGCACUCUCACGGUCCUGGCGCCCGAAUUCUGUCAUGAUGUGAAGAACGAUAAUCGUUUAAGCUCGACGGAGUUCCUCCUGGCUUACUGGCAGGCCGGAACACCGGGGUUUGAACCGUACUUCAGCUCAGGAAGUGAGCUCAUCCGUGAGAUGAUCCGGACUCAUCUCACUCAGAGUGAUGUCGCCAAGUUAUCGCAACCACUCGCAGACGAGGCAGCCAACGCUCUGAAAGACGUAUUCACCGACAACGAAGAAUGGCACGAAAUCACCCUCGCCCCAAUGGUCGCCCAAAUCGUCGCUCGCGUCUCCGCCCUAGUCUUCCUCGGCCCCGAACUCUGCCGCGACCCAACCUGGCUCAACAUCACAAUAAACUACCCCCAGAAAGCCAUGGCCGCCGCCAAAGUACUCCGAUCCUACCCGGCUCCCACACGCCGCUUCGUACACUGGUUCCUCCCCUGCUGCCGCGAGCUGCGCCAGAUGCUCCGCACCGCGCGGCAGGCCAUCGAGCCGAUCCAGCAGAAGCGGCGGGAGCAGGAGGCCGAAAAAGGGGGUGUGUCAUUUGAUAACGCGUUGGCGUGGAUUGAAAAGCUGGCGAGGAAGCAGCAAGACCGGACGGCGCAGAAUGCGGCGUUUCAGCAGCUUGGGUUGUCGAUUCUUGCGAAUGCGUCGAGUACGGAUAUGGUGUCGCAGAAUUUGCUGGAUUUAUGCGUAAAUCCGGAAGUGACGGAGGCGUUGAGAGAGGAGAUUGUAAGGGAGACGAGGGGUGGGUGGAAGAGCUCUACGUUGUAUAACUUGAGGCUCUUGGAUAGCGUGUUGAAGGAGACGUUGCGUCUCAAGCCCAUUGCUUCGGUGGCUCUUGGGAGGCGCGUGAUGGAAGAUGACGUGAAAUUGAGCGACGGCGCUGUACUCCCAAAGACAACCGGCGUCGCCGUAUCAUCGGCGAACAUGUGGGAUCCCGAGAUCUACCCAAACCCAGAAACCUUUGACGGUGGACGCUUCCUUCGAAUGCGCGAGGGCGGCAACAACGAGCAUUGUGCACAGCUCGCAAGUGUAUCGCCGGAGCACAUGGGCUUCGGGCUUGGUUCGCACGCGUGCCCUGGCCGAUUCUUUGGCGCGAGCUCUGCGAAACUGGUCAUGUCGCACAUCUUGCUCGGGUAUGAGUUCAAGCUGGCUGAUGAUGUUGACAUGAGUACCGUUGAGCCUAUGCGUUUUGGAUUCUCGACUCUAGCAAAUCCCAGAGCCAAGGUUAUGAUCAGACGUAGGAAGGAUGUUGUCUAAGAUUCGGAAGACGAAGAAUAUCUGAUGCUUGCGUGGUAUAUCCGGUGAGAAAAGUAUGAAGCUAGAUGGCGAGUCUCUUGAAGUUGCUUUCUGAUAGAGGCAUAGAGAGAAG